GCGGAGAGAGGCGCCGGCUGCUUAGGGUCCCGGCCCGGCGCUCCUCCCCCCCCGAAUGCCCGUUCCGCCGCCGUCCGCCAGGGGGCCCUGGGAGCCGACUCCCGUCACGUGACCGCCGCCACUCACCUAGCGGCCCCCGCUGCUCCGCGACGGAGGCGGGGCCUCGAGCUGGGAUUGGCUGGACCUCGGGGGCGGGGCGUAGCCGCCGCGACGGCGCGAGCGACGGCUGGGGCUGAAGGGGUCAGGCCGCAGCUGCGAGGCCGUGCCCAGCCCCGCAGCUCUAGGGUCUGGAGUGCGAGCCGCCGGUGCAGGAGAGGGAGGGCCAGGGGGCGCCUUUGUACUGCACUUUUUUUGCAUUCAGGAGAUUGCUUAGCUGCGCUUUAGAGAGGUUUGCAUUAGCUCCGAGCCUGACAAGUGAGGAAACUGAGGCCGAGAAGUGGGAGGCUUUGCCAUUUGCUGGGCCACGCCACCUGCUAAAGGGAAGCCGGGAACCAAGGCCUCGGGGUCUGCGCUCCCAGGCCCGCUUGAAUCCGUGGGCGUGGGGAGCAAGGGACCUGCUCCCCUCCCUCCCGGCUGCGGGAGGCUCCCUGGGGGAGGAGCUCGGGACGCAGAGGAGGAGCCAAAUCAGCCCCAGGAGCAGGGACGCGAUCCUCUGGGAUAAGAGGCAGAGCCCAGGAGGAACCCCGUCAGCCAGGCGGGCAGAAAUCUCUGGGAGCAGCCUCAUGGAAGACAAGCAGAUCCUGUGCGUGGGGCUAGUGGUGCUGGACAUCAUCAAUGUAGUGGACAAGUACCCGGAGGAGGACACGGACAGCAGGUGCUUGUCCCAAAGAUGGCAGCGCGGAGGCAACGCGUCCAACUCCUGCACCGUUCUGUCUCUGCUUGGAGCCCCCUGCGCCUUCAUGGGCUCGCUGGCCCCGGGCCCUGUUGCCGACUUCCUGGUGGCUGACUUCAGGCAGCGGGGCGUGGAUGUGUCCCAGGUGGCCUGGCAGAGCAGAGGGGAAACCCCAUGCUCUUGCUGCAUCAUCAACAACUCCAGUGGCUCCCGCACCAUUGUGCUCUACGACACGAACCUGCCAGAUGUGUCUGCUGCAGACUUUGAUAAGGUCGAUCUGACCCGGUUCAAGUGGAUCCACAUUGAGGGCCGGAACGCAUCAGAACAGGUGAGGAUGCUGCAGCGGAUAGAGCAGCACAACGCCACGCGGCCUCCAGGUCAGAGGAUCCGUGUGUCCGUGGAGGUGGAGAAGCCCCGAGAGGAGCUGUUCCAGCUGUUUGGCUAUGGAGAUGUGGUGUUUGUCAGCAAAGAUGUGGCCAAGCACUUGGGGUUCCGGUCAGCGGGGGAGGCCCUGAGAGGCUUGUACGGUCGUGUGAGGAAAGGGGCUGUGCUUAUCUGCGCCUGGGCUGAGGAGGGCGCUGAUGCCCUGGGCCCUGAUGGACGGCUGCUCCACUCGGACGCCUUCCCUCCACCCCGGGUGGUGGACACCCUGGGGGCCGGAGACACCUUCAACGCCUCGGUCAUAUUCAGCUUGUCCCAGGGGAAGAGUAUGCAGGAGGCUUUGCGGUUUGGCUGCCAGGUGGCCGGCAAGAAGUGCGGCUUGCAGGGCUACGACGGCAUCGUGUGAAUGCCCUGUGGCUCGGGGCGCUGGCUCACACCAGCCCUCCCUGGAGGCUGGCGCCAUCGGCUCCCGGCUAGGCUACCGUUGCCUUCUCCCCUCCAUCCAGCCUGGCAUCUGGGCUGCCCCGCUCCCUCGGCAGAUGCAGGCUGUGUGGGGGUGGGGGACUCCGCCUGGGUCUUGCUGAGCCCCAGAGCAAAUAAAUCUCCUGCCCCAGAGCCGGCUUCCUUCUGCCA